AUGUUGGCGACGCAAAAUGGUUUGGUCGGUGACCUAAAUUAUUACACAGACACGCAGAUAAAAAUGCGCCGGGAAAAGGUGAAAGCUGCCGUGAAUGCCGUACACAGUGUGGUCGACCCUAUUCUGAAAUAUGUUCACGACAAAGAUCCACGAUUCAGUCAUCAGACGUGGAACUCGGGAAGUUACGCCUCGGGAUUGAAAGUCACUGAACCGAACGAGUUUGACUUCAAUGUCCCUAUGGAAGGUUUGCCGAAUUUGAUUUGGAAAACUGCUGACAAGCCAGCCUACUACACCAUAGACGUAGACGGUCAGUUGGUUGAAACGAAGGUUCCACUUCCAAAUCCGCCCAAUGGAUACCAUAAUGUGACAAUAGACACAGUUUCCGAUAUUUGGAAACCGGAAAAUAAUAUGAAAAUGGGCGAUUACGUCGUGCCGUUCAAGGUGAAGACUAUAUUCAAAGUCCUUGUUAAAAACGCCGUCAGAGAGUGCAAACUGCGAGAGUCAGUCCGAGUGUUGAAAAAAACUCAUGGUCCAGCCAUAACAUUGAUGGUGUCAUCCGGCGAAGAGAGGAUAUCUGUAGAUCUCGUGCCAUUAGUUCCUGCCAAUGGGCGUGGUCUUCCGCCAAAUGUUCUCAAUAGCUGGCCUCGUUCGCCUGUCUGGCCGCCAAAGCACAAAGUUGAAGAAGUACGGAAGAUUGGCACAGACUCUGUAGCCAAAGACAAUUUGUAUUGGCUUACGUCAUUCAGCCGAUGUGAAAUAGCCUUGCUGGACGGAAUUGACAGCGAUGAAGGGUGUCGUAAACAGUGUUUACGUUUACUGAAGAAAAUUCGUGAAGACCACUGGCAAUCACCAGCACUGUCAUCCUACCAUUUAAAGAAUUUGCUUUUGUGGGAGUGUGAGAAAUAUCCAAACAGCCAUGACUGGUCACGUGAUAUGCUUGGACAACGUUUCGUUGGAUUGGUUGGAAGUCUGUUGAAAUGCCUCCGUGGACAGAAUUGCCCGCAUUACUUCAUUCCAAGUAUCAAUCUUUUUCGGAAUAAAGAGAACAGCAAACUGAAAGAACCCGAAAACUUGUUAUUGAUUGCGGACAAAGUUCAAGAGUUUUACGAGAAUCCAUGUGGUUUUAUUGGUGAAUGGAAGGACGGCAACUAAAUAAAGAAUGCUGACUGCGCAUAAUUAAUGAUAAAUCUUGUAUCAACUUUACUUUACAAUUUUAAUUUUGUGUCCAAGAUAUCCAAAUGAUUAAACAAUUUAGCUACCUCGGUUUAUGAAUUUUUAUUUUAAUAGAGAAAAUACCAGCGUGUUAAAGUUAUCCUAACAAAUGCGUUUCUGGAAAUUGUUGGUGACAAGCUGCCAAUACACACUUACUAAAUCAACUGAACAAAAUGCUGAUAAUUAAUGUCAAUUAUUGUGUGGAAGAAUAUGUACUCGUAUAGUUUAAAUUAUGUCUUAUACAACUUUAACAAAUAAAUAAAAUUUAUAUCAC